CUGAAAAUCUCGCGAGACUGUUCUGUGAGAGGACUCCUCAGCGAAGCCUUCCUUCGUAAUCGAUCCCUGCUCAUUAACUGAGACUGUUAUCAAGCGUCACGAUUGUAGCUUCACUCUGAAGUUUAAAAAACGGAUCUGAAUCAUGGGGAACAUUUUUGGGAAUUUGCUGAAGAGCCUCAUCGGAAAGAAGGAGAUGAGGAUCUUGAUGGUUGGGCUCGAUGCUGCGGGGAAAACAACCAUCCUCUACAAGCUCAAGCUUGGGGAAAUAGUCACCACAAUCCCAACCAUUGGGUUUAACGUGGAGACAGUGGAGUACAAGAACAUCAGCUUCACUGUGUGGGAUGUGGGUGGGCAAGACAAGAUCCGCCCCCUCUGGAGACACUAUUUUCAAAACACGCAGGGUCUUAUUUUUGUGGUGGACAGUAAUGACAGAGAGCGAGUGAAUGAAGCACGGGAGGAGCUGAUGAGGAUGCUUGCUGAGGACGAGCUGAGGGAUGCAGUCCUCCUUGUGUUUGCCAACAAACAGGACUUACCAAACGCCAUGAACGCUGCUGAGAUCACAGACAAGCUGGGAUUACACUCCCUGCGUCACCGCAACUGGUACAUCCAGGCCACCUGCGCCACCAGCGGUGACGGCCUUUAUGAGGGUCUUGAUUGGCUGGCCAAUCAACUCAAGAACAAGAAAUAAGAAGAAAACUGGAACCAGCAGCUGGCAGCCACACCCAUCCACCUCUUUGAUUUGUUUCGAGAACGGGGCUGUUGGUCAGGGACAAGGGUUUUGGUUGGUAGGUGCAGUGCAAGAUUCAUGGUCCGGGGGAGGUUUUUCCGCUUCCGCUUUCACUUUCAGUCUGUUGAGGUUUCUAAUUGUUUUCAUCUCUUACUGCAAACAGAUUCUCAAGCACUCGGUAUUUUACCACUCACGCACACUGACACACGCACUCACACUCACACUAACUGUAAGCAAUCACAGCAGACACUUGCUUUUCCUGUGUCCACCUCUUGUCCGUAGGUGCAGUGUACUGUAUGUUAGUCUCUAGGUGCUGUACCGAGUCCCGUGUGACUCCACUGAGUCGACAACGAAUCAAAUAUUACUUUUUGUUGGUUUGUUCUGUCUGUGUCAGUUGCACACACUGAUUUGUUUUCCUUCUCCUGGCAGAGCCGAUGUUUGAGAACAAUCACAGCCGUCGAAUCCAUGUCACCAUAAUUUACAUUGCUCUUCCUUUUUAAUUUUUGCGAGCAAUGCUGAGGCACUCUGAUACGCGGAUAAAGCGCAUGCAAUGUGAACUGUAUGUGUUUGUGCAAGUGGCUCAAACAGUACUAAUCAUGAACAACACGUCCUCUUACUGCCUCAUUUUUAAAAAUCUUUUGAUAUCUGUGGCGUCUUUCUAAGCCCUGUGUGAGAUCCCAAAGUGUUGAAGUCGCCCUUUUAAAAUAUUUCGAAAUGCACAGCACACUCUGGACUGCCUGGCCUGCAUGCAAAGGUUGCUGUUGCUGACAUUGUGGCAUACUUUUUCAUCCUCCGAAAUGCAUGGACGUCAACGCUGUUUGUCGUUUUCUUCAAACUGCCCUGAUCAUGUGCUGGUGCCGUUUACAGUAGGAUGCAGAAACCAACUCUGCCGCCGCGUUCUGCUGCUUAGUUAGUCAAGAUGUGCUUAAAACAGUUUAGUCAGCUUUAUGGCCUAUUCAUAUGAAAGCAGUAUAUAGGUUGCCAUGCACAUAAACAUAACACACAGUUGCUGCUUGUCUGCCAUCUUUGCCAUGCGUGUACUCAAACUGCAUCAGGUUGCUCUGGCUUUGUGUGUGUUUGUCUCCGACUUGCAUAUGGGGGGGGGGGUUGAUUCUGAUGUCUCUGUGUUACUGAAUGUGAAUAUUGUUGAUGAAUCUAUAAAUGACUGUACUGAUAUGUAUUUGACAUGCAUUUUCCUCUAUUUCUGUGACGUGUCAGCAUAAUUAUGUGAAAGAAAGCAGGGGAAGCAGAUCAAUAUAUGUCGGUGUUAUAUUUUACGAGAGUCAUCAGUACGUCCACGACUCGCCGCUGAACAGACGACGAGUCACUGCGUCACUCCCUACACCAGCACAAUCCACCCAUUUCUGUCAAUAAAUCUACUUCUGUGUGCCAUAUGUGGGUGCUGCUGCUCACACACCGGUGACAGUACGACAUACUGUAUAUUCACUCCACCAAUCAGUUGCAUUGUUCAUAUUCAACAUCUAUCAUAUGUUAAAUAGUGAGUUUUAUCAUUUGGGUGUUGUGGCCUUAUAUUUAGUAAUGACUUCAAUUUGAUUGUGUUUGGUUCAGACUGAGUCACAUAUUUAUCUAUGGUGUAAAGAAUGAUUUGCAGAUUUAUUAUUCUGUGCCCUCAACAGGCAGGUUUUGCACCACGGUUCGAAGAUGAUUAGGCAAAGUCGGAUAGUAUUUUUGUUUUGCAAGUUUACUUGAUUCAUGUUUGAUGGUAGGUCUCUUUGGUUUGUUUUGGGGUGUAGACACUUUGAUGUAGACUGUCUCUGUGAAACAACGAGGAUCAAUGCGAACAUUAAAGAAAAAACAAUUAACUCUUAUGAUUCAUUCUGUACUGUUACAGUUGUCCAAGUACAUUUGAAAACGAUAAAGACUAAAUGACCCAAUGCUGAAUGCAUGGGGACAUCUGUAUGUGAUGUAAGUCAACAAUCUAAAUCCUGCUGUAUUACAAAUAAACCCAUUUUCUGUA